GUGAGUAACGAGGUGGAGAAUGAGGUGGAGAAUGAGGUGGAGAAUGAAGAGGAAAAUGAAGAGGAAAAUGAGGUGGAAAAUGAGGUGGAAAAUGAAGAGGAAAAUGAGGUGGAAAAUGAAGAGGAAAAUGAGGUGGAAAAUGAAGAGGAAAUGAAGAGGAAAAUGAAGAGGAAAAUGAAGAGGAAAAUGAGGUGGAGAAUGAGGUGGAAAAUGAAGAGGAAAAUGAAGAGGAAAAUGAAGAGGAAAAUGAGGUGGAGAAUGAGGUGGAGAAUAAAAUAUUCAAACAGCACAUGUGUAAAAGUAGAAUAA